AUGAAACUGUUUCUGCUAACUCUCUCUGUGGCCGCGGCCUUGGUCGCCGGCUCUCCGACCGGCCCCGAGGGUCGCAUCGUCAACGGCUACCCAGCUCCGGAGGGCAAGGCUCCCUACAUUGUGGGUCUCUUCAUUCGCAAUGAUGGAAGCAGCAGUGGCGCUGUUUGUGCUGGUUCUAUCAUCGCCAACGACUGGAUCCUGACCGCUGCUCAUUGCCUGACUGGUGACUACGUGGAGAUUCACUACGGUUCUAACUGGGGAUGGAACGGUGCCUUCAAGCAAACUGUCCGCCGUGACAACUUCAUCAGCCACUCCGACUGGCCUUCCCAGGGCGGCACGGACAUCGGUUUGAUCCACACUCCCCAUGUGGACUUCAAUGCUCUGAUCAACAAGAUUCCUCUGCCAAGCAUGAACGAGCAAAACGAUCGCUACCAAGAUACCUGGUGCGUUGCCUGCGGAUGGGGUGGCAUGGACAACGGAAACCUGGCUGAUUGGCUACAGUGCGCUGACGUCCAGAUCAUUAGCAACAGCGAGUGCGAGCAGGCCUACGGCUCGGUCGCCGGUACUGACAUGUGCACCCGCCAUGCUGAUGGAAAGUCUGUGUGCGGCGGAGACUCCGGUGGCCCCCUGGUCACACAUGACAACGCUCGUCUCGUUGGUGUCAUCACCUUUGCCUCCGUCGGCUGCCACAACGGUCCCUCCGGCUACACCCGCGUCUCCGACUACCUGGGAUGGAUCCGCGACCACACUGGCAUUUCCUACUAAAUUCUUGAGGACCAGCGAAUGGCAAUGUGAAGGUUUCUUCUACAUAGUCUCUGUUCUCUUAAAUAAAUUGAUUUGAAAACUGCAA